ACACAACCAAUUAAAAAGAAAUGACCAUUUUCAUCGAUUUAGCUUCAUUAGAGGAUUUAUACAACGAUUUAAUCAACCAUAUUGAAACCUUAAGAAAGAAAAAGGGUUCAGAGUACUCUGUUGCUGAUUAUCAAAUUUUAGUUGGUGAACAACGUACUGUUGAAUUCCUUUCAAAAAUCGUUUUAACUGAAACUGAUUUCUUAUUCAAAGAAUGCAAAGAUUCAGAUAAAGAUAUUGAAGGUUUCUUUAACGUUAUUUUAACUAUUUUACAUAAAUUAGAAAACGAAGAUGAAAUAAAUGUUGUUUCACAAAAAAUUAGAGAUUCUUUAUCAGCUCACUCAACUGAAAGUUCAAACUUAAAAAUCAAAAUUUUAACAAAUCUUUUCAAUUCAUUCCAACCAAAAUCAGCUCAAAGAUAUGAAAUUUUCUUUUCAUUAGUAAAAUUAGCAUCAGAAUCAAAUAACCUCGAAUUUGUUAAACAUCAAAUUGAUGAUGUUGAUGGUUGGUUAGAAGAUUGGUCAUCAAAUACUCAACAAAAAAGAAAAUUAUAUAAACUUAUUUCAAAUAUCUUCAGAGAAAAGAACAAGAUGUUAUCACACCAAUAUUUAGUUAAAUUUUUACAAACUUUCACUAAAGAAGAUUCAGCAGAAGCUCAAGAAGAUGCUGUUAGAGUUUGUAUUGAGUCAAUUUCAUUACAAGAACUUUAUCAAUCAGAUUAUCUUUUAGAUUUACCAGCUGUUCAAUUUUUAGAAACUUCAAAUGCCAAUAAUAACUCUCAAAUCUAUGAAUUAAUGAAAAUCUUUGCCACCGAACAAUUAGAAUCAUUCAAUCAAUUCCAAGACAAAAAUCCAAACUUAAUUCAAUCCAUUGGUCUCAAUGUUGAAGAUUGUAAACAAAAAAUCCGUCUUUUAUCUUUAGCCACUUUAGCUUCUGAACAAAGUAAAGUUCCAUAUAGUUUAAUCUCACAAAAACUCCAAAUCAAUGAAGACGAAGUUGAAAUGUGGGUCAUCAAUGCCAUGGAAGGUGAAUUAUUAGAUGCCAAAUUAGACCAACUUAAUCGUAUUGUUAAUGUCAAUUCAUCUACUCAAAGAGUUUUCAAUAAAUCACAAUGGACUCAAUUAGGUUCACGUUUCUCUGUUUGGAGAUCAAGUGUUAAAAAUUUACUCCAAGUUAUCGAUAAUGCCAAAACCACUCAAGUUAAACCAUUCUAUUUCCAAACUCGUUAAAUUGAGAGUGUGAAAUAUAAUGAUAUAAUAUUUAAAAAAAAAAAUAAAAAAAAUAAAAAAAAAACCCUAAAAAAAAAUAAAAUAUAUAAAGUAUAUAAAAUAUAGAAU